AAAAAAUGUUGUUAAAAAAUUACCAUGCAUCCUGUGAGGGACUUCACUGAUGAUGAGGACUUCAUGUGUUCUGACCAAUUCUGUGGAAGAACUUGAUCAUGAUUAUUUUGUGUUUAAGGUCUGUGCAAAAUGGAGAAGACUUUGAACAGAAUUCAUCCAGUUUCAGAUCCAGAAGCAACAUAUUUUCUACAAGUAUCUUGGGAAAAAGAUUUAGGCAUUGGCUUUGGUGUAGUACUUAGUGAUGGCCAAUGUGCAUGGACUGGAACAGUGUCUGAAGCUGAGAUUUCUAGGGAGGCUGCUGACAUGGAAAUGAAUAGAGGAAAGUAUGUUGAAGAACUUAAGAAAGCAUUGAUAGCUGGAGAAGAGUCAGCUGGCAAAUAUAACUUCACUGUUUCAAGAGAUGAUGAAAAUAUGGAGUGUCAUUUCUCCUAUGAAAGAAAUCUAAAAGAUGGUUCUUUUAGACUUGGAUCUCUGAACCUACAGAAAGUUUCAAGUCCAGCGGCGGUUAUUAAGGAGCUGAUUGAUUACUGUCUGGACUGUCUGGGAAGACUGCAGGAAAAAAAUGAACAUCUACAAAAAGAAAACGAAAGGCUUUUCAGCAACUGGAGCAAUGUGGAGAAGCGGCUGGAAAAAUGUGUGGAAGCUAAAGAAGAGCUAGAGGCAGAUCUUUAUAACCGAUUUAUUUUGGUGUUGAAUGAGAAGAAGGCAAAGAUAAGAAACUUACAGAAGCUGUUGAACGAAGCUAAAGAAUCUGCAGUAGAUGCCAAAUGUACAAGGGAUAGUAUAGCUACCACUCAGAUGGCCACAGGGAGAGAAAAUUACUAUGAUGGUAGCACUGAUGAAGAAAGUGAAAAUUUAACACGAGCCUCAUUACCAUCAGCACCAGUACGAAGGGAUUCCCUUCUGGGUAGCCCAGAUGUCAUUGAUACUGCUCCAAGAAGAAAGCGAAGACAAAGACCAGCAAAGCCAGAUGGGACAGGUGCUAAGAUGGCUACUUAUGAGACAGAACUGCCAGACAGGGAGAAACCUGAUCUAGCCUCACAGAAGACGUUGGGCAAAGAUUCCCUGGAUGUGAUGUCUCUUGAAACACUAGAAAACACUUGUGAGCCAGAGGACCUCUUUCGUGACAUCUAGCUGUGUGUGGGCUCAGAAAUGCAGAGACUGGUUCUCCUAACAGAGAUAAGCUAUAAAACUAAAAGGCUUUGCUGUAGACACUGAGCUGAAAUCUCUACUCUGAUGUAGUUGGUAUUUGAUGAUGUAUUGCUCUAAUCCUCUUGCACUGCUCUUAUUCUUUACUAUGUGGCUGUGUGCCCUUGAUCUGCAAGGCUUGAUUUGUGAUGCCCCUGAAAUCAUUUUAACCUCUGCAUAGAUCUUUUGUAAUGUGUGUAAAGGGAAGGAGAGCACCAUCAUAGCAUUUCUAUGUUCUAACAGUCUCUGAAUGAUUAUUGUAUUCAGGAUCAACUGCUUUCCAGCUGUCCACAGAGAACAUCAGACAUAAAGAAGAUUAAGGCUGGCACUGUACUUACCUUCUAUAUUGCCCCUUUCUUGAGAAGCUCAGCCUAGACAUGGUUUAGCUAAACCAUCUUCAACUUUGAUUGAGAUAUAACUUCCUAAACUGAGUUAGUGAUGUGUCCUGACAGGAAGAAAUGUCCUCUCACUUUUUACUUGAAGGUUCUCUGUGGCAUUAUACAUUAUAAGGCAUUCUUGCUUUUCUGAGUAAAGCGCUUGUAAAGUCAAUAUUGACUCUAUUUUAACUUUCUGUAGAAACCCAUAACCUUUAAAAUUGUCAUUUUUGAUACUUCACCAUUUU